AUGGCCAGGUGGACCCUACUCCUCGUGUUGGCCGUCGUCGUGUCUGCUGGCAGUGGUGCCCGUCUGGCUCCGGUGACCGAAAAGCUGGAUGACGUGACAUCCCCGGACCUGAGGUACGACGCGCUGUCCGGAAUGACGGACAAGCAGUUUUCUCUACGAGCGGAUGGUGUCCGUCGUCGAAUUGCCGGAGAAGAAAGAGGUGCGUCGGAGAUUGGAACGAAGCUGAAGGAAAGUCUCGCCGGUCUGAAGUCCAAGCUGUCCAUGCAAGCGAUGAAAGGCGUGUACGGGAAAGGGACAGUCAAGCUGCGGGAGUGGUAUGGCGCGGUGCGAUACGUAACUGAGGCGGUCAUUGAGUCUUUCAAUGCCAAGGUGCAGGAUAAGCUGUAUGACUUACAAGCUUGGCGUACCAAAAGACGAUUGGACAAAGGGGCGACGGUCGAGGAGCUUGCCGAAAUGGGCCUAAAACCCGUAGUAGUUCAACGGGCGCUUGGCAUACCAUCUGUGCGCUAUCCCACGGCUUACACCAGUGAGGAGAUGAAGAAGAAUGUCAAAAUCUACUUCAGCUACGUCGAGGCGUACUAUCGACAUGCUGCGAAGAACCCUUUGAGGGAGGACCAGGUUGAGGAGAUAGUUGCGUAUCUCAGGGGGCGAUUGGUGCGAGGGAUGGAGCUGGAUGAACUUUUACGCAUGGGCCCGGACCCUAGUAUAGUUAAGCGAGCGCUAGAACUCACAGACGCACGUCCAUCCGGAGCUGCUGUCGGUGGUAGGCUCUCAAAGGAGUCUAGAUUCUACGAGACAUACAAAAGUCUGUACGAGAAAGGAGAUGUAGACUUGCAUUCCGACUCUCCAUCACCCACAUUGUAG